AUGACAACGAAAUUGAAUCCACCGACCCAAACGAACUCAAACGAGCUUGUUCGUUUUGCAUUUGCAAGUUUUUCGCAAGGAUUUGCUGGCUUUUGUACAAAUCCAAUUGAUGUUAUCAAAACACGAAUGCAAGUUGAUGGAGAAUUACAAGCCACACGUAGUGUUACUGAACAAAUGCAAAAUCGUUAUUAUCAAGGAUUUGUUCGAGGAUCACUUCGUAUCAUCCGGGAAGAAGGCUUAGCUGGACUCAUGCGGGGUGCUGUGCCAGGUACACUACGAGAUGUCACUUAUUCUGGAAUGCGAAUUUAUUUGUAUGAACCGUUUAAGAACAUAUUCGGUGGUGGAAUUCAUUUGCAUCAAAAGAUCGCGGCCGGUACAUGUUCAGGAGCGAUAUCGAGUUUCUUUGCAACACCGUUGGAUGUGGUCAAAAUUCGUCUGCAAGUCAAAGGAGAGCGGCCGUAUCGUAGUCUACUACAUGGAUUGAUCGAUGUUGGUAAAAAAGAAGGUUUAGCAGGUCUUUAUAAAGGCUGGGGACCAACAAUGAUUCGUGCAGCUGUUCUAACCGGAAGUCAAGUGUCAUCCUAUGAUCAAAUAAAAAGAUUCCUCAUCAGUCACGGAUACAUGCAAGAAGGUUUACCUUUACAUACAGUUGCAUCGUUUUUCGCUGGUCUUAUUUGCUCGCUAACAACAUCACCAGUUGAUGUGAUUAAAACGCGAUAUCAAAAUACACCGGCGCAUUUAGGUAAAUAUACAAGUGUCUUCGAUUGCUUCGUUCAAUCAAUCAAAGCAGAAGGUAUCUAUGGAUUGUACAAAGGAUUUUUACCUAACUGGAUGCGGCUUGGUCCACAUUCGAUCAUUGCAUUUCUUAUCUAUGACAAUAUGUGUAUUGCUGCUGGCCUGAGACCGAUUUAG